UAAUAGAAUAUAUGUAAUUUAUAUCCCGCGCGGGAUCUUCCUUUCAAGCGGCAAUAACUAUGUGGAUGGAAAAGCUAAAACAUUUCAUUUUUCAUUGAAUUUAUUCUCUCAUAUCCCCUAAAAAAUAUAGGAUUGGCAGAAAAAAAUACUUACCAACAUCUGAGCCAUACAAAAUAUGUGACAAUUUCUAUUUAUCAACAAUAACAAUGAAAUCAGAGUGACAGCGUUCCAAUACUCUUGUGACGUCAGACCAGUCCAACCUUGCGAAAAAGGGGAGAAAGUUAAUCCAGUAUAUUUGUAACCGAUUCGAAGAACUCCACCACGGAUUCGUUCCACCACAACUGUAGCCCUCGAGUUAAGCCGUAAUGGCGGGGAGCUCACGCCACAGUUCAGCCGAACCCACCUCCGCGAGCCGGCGUCUCUCACAGGACUCAGACGAAGAUGACGAGGUCGACAACGAGGAGCUCUGGCACCACAGGAGGAUCCAGCAGCAGGUGGGCUACCUCAGUCUUGGAGCCAGCUUUAGUGGUGGUCUGUCACCACAGCCCUCCUCCAGUGUGGAAUGUGAGCGCCGUGUCAGUCCCCUGGAUCCCAACCUCUCCUCAGCAGCCAGGUACUCUCCCCCUCCCCCUUAUAACAGCCCUAUGGGGGGCAUUGAAGGGUCUCUAGAGCACCCUGACUCCCCCAUGGAGGACCUGUCACAUGGGAGCUCCUUACCACGUUUUCCAGUGGGUGUGAGUAGCAGCAUGCCCUCUGGCACCCCAAGCCUAGUGGUCUCAGAGACACAUCGAGCCACACCAGAUGACCACGAGCCUGGCAGCCGAGGGGGGAGCAGCUUAGGGGUCUCCAACAGCCUCUUUUCUACACAGCGAAUCUUGGGGCGGACACAACCUAGGUGGGGGUCGCCACACAUUGUUACAGAUGAAGAUGAUGAAGAUGAGGAGGAGGAGGAAGAUGAUGAUGAAGAAGAGGAGGAGGAAGAGGAUAAUACACCAGCAGCUCCUAUUGAGAGUGUGUGGGCCAAACAGAGGAAGCUGAACAUGGGAGAGGUGGCUCGCAGCUCUGCCCUCCGGGCAGGUCCCAGUGGCAUCCAGGGGACCCCCCAGCCUGGGCACAGCCGCAUUGAAGAUGUUCGGUGUGCUGACCGUAAUGAGGUGGAGUCUGUCCAUUGUGCAGGGCCCAGUGGUGUUGAGGCUGUUCAUUGUGCUGGUCCCAGUGGUCUGCAGGAUCUGGCAAGGCCAGGUCCCAGCAGCAACCUCCACACGGCCCCCCAACCCAGUCCAAGCAUUCUCCAAGCAAUCCCACAGCCAAGUCCUUCAGGGGAUGGGAUGGUAACUCAGACGAACAGGUGUCGAUCUCCAGACAGUGAUACAGACAGUGAGAGUGAUUCACCAGAGAACCUGCCUCCAUUUAGCUCUAGCCCAGGACCCUCAGGCAUUGGCAGCCAGUUAGUCCGGCUGAGUGAUGGGGAGGCAGAAGCACUUGUAGGCAAUGUAUCAGGAUGUGAGGCUAGCAGCAGCAUCAGGGGACAGGCUUCCCCUCUAGGCUCCCCAAGAACACCUGCUGAUAACUGUAUUGUUUCAUCAUCUACUGGUCACAUAGACUCUAUACCUCCAACUCCAGCUGAAUUUCAAGGGAAUGAUGUCUCUGGUCCAAGCAGUCCUGUUUCCCCAAGUUUAGCCAGUGUAGCCAUUCUGGAUUCUACUGUAGAUUCCACAAGUGGAAGAGGAAUAAUGGACCCUCAGGGUGACUCAUCAGAUGAUGAUUCUGAUGACAAUCUGGCACCAUCUGACCAGAUGCAAUUGCCAGUCAUGGCAGAUGAAGGAGCAGAAAUAUCCACAUCAGAAAUUGGUUUGCAGCAUAGUGAUGACAGCCAAGAUGUUGGAAUGCUUGUUAGCCCACAAGGCAUGUUCACCAGUGGCCGUGCAAGUGCUAAUAGAUUUAUUGAGCAGUUCUCUCUCUCUUUGUCACACUUCUCUACCAACUCUCUUGAUGCCAGCUUAUCUGGAGAUGUCAGUGACCAAAGGACGCCCCAGAACACACCUCCACCUCCCCCAGAUCCUGGGCCUUACCUGGAUGACCCAUUAGCAAUCCCUGGCCCCAGCAGGCUCUCACUGCCAUGCCCAGAGCAGCCAGUGAGCAGUCAGGCCCAGGCAGUCCCAACAGUAAGCCAGGGAAAUGAUUUCCCCUCAACAUCCAGUACACAGAUGUUAACGCACCCAGUUGAGGUUCUAGACAGUAGUCUACCACUUCUGCAUAUUUCCUCAGAGUUGCCAGUUUGCAGUUCAGCACCAGAUAAUAACCAGUUACAAGAUGCAGGAAGAUCUGAUGGUCUAGAGCCCCUUGUCACCAUAGCGAGUAGUGCAUCAAACAGUCUGAACAGUGAUGACUUGGCAGGCAGCUCAGGCAACCAGGCUUUGAGUCAGCUGAACCAAUCUUAUGUCCUGGAGCUGAAUGAGGACAGUUCCCUGAACAGCGAUGGUGCCCUCAGUUCAGGCUCACUUGUGGGAAAGGAUGACUUACAGAAUCAAGGGGUUAAUCAAGCUGAUUUCAGCAACUUAGACAGCUCUCACCACUCACUAGUCGACCCAUCACGUAUUAGCGCUAGUUCACUCAGCACAUCCCUCAGUCUGACCCUGGCCUCCUCAGAGUUGAAUGGGGUCAUAGAUGCAGCCAUGCCUGGCCCCUCCCAGCAGCCCUCUCUUUCACAACAUAUUCUGCCUUCACAACCAGAUCAGGUGUCUCUCCUAGUUGGUAGUGGUGAUGACAGUAAUGAUGGAGCCUUAUUAAUGAUGCUGUCCUCCAAUUCCCACUCUCUCCAUGAUCCCUUAGUCUUAGGAAAGCAGCUGCAGAGGGAAGCUAGUAGUCUUGUAUCUCAACUCAGGCCCGAAUCUCAGGCUCUUCAACCAUGCAGCAGUGACAGUGCUGCUAAUGACUCUUUACAAGAAGCAAGUGGACAAAGACAGAAUGAGGUCAAUUCUUCUGUCAGUGAUUCAGAUGUUCCAAGCUUUAUUGGAGCUGAUAUUUGGUGUGGAGAUUGCGAGCAGGCGUAUUCCCAUGAGUGCCCACAACAUCGAAUACAAGCAAUCUCGGACAAACCGGUUAGGACAAGAGCUUGGGCUUCUCUUCCUGCGCAACAUCUCGUCAUUCGCAAACAUGCAGAUACAGAAGAAUAUGGUGUGUAUGUACGCAAGGCCAUUCCAAAGCGCACACAAUUCGGCCCCAUAGAAGGUGUUUUGAAGGAAGACUCAAAUGGGUCAGUGUCUCCACAUGGCCUUAUCUACACCAUUAACCAGGGUGAUCAGACACUGCACCUCGACACAUCUGAUGAAGCCACCUCCAACUGGAUGCGAUUUGUGCGUCAGGCCACCACAUACCUAGAGCAGAAUUGUGUAGUCAUGCAAGUGGACGAGAACCUAGUCUUCCUCACUACCACAGACAUUGCCCCACGCACAGAACUCAGAGUAGGAUACUCAAAGCAAUAUGGUGACAAAAGAGGCCUACACAUCCUGCAGCCAACAGCAGAGGAGAUUAAGAUCCUUGAGUCAUUGAGGAAGUCCUGGCCUUGCUACGAAUGUGACGAGGCCUUUGAGUCGUCAGCAGAACUACAGCAACACCUGGUGUGUCAUGAUGAGGAGGUGGGGGAAGAAGAGAAGAAGAAACGCAAGAGAAUAAAGACGAGGCGACCCAGGAACAAUGGAGAGGUGGAGACUGGUAUGAAGAGGCUCGCCAAGAAGGUGAAGGUAUCAGGCGAAGGGACAUCAGAAGCUGGGACUUCUUCACAAGCAGAUGCCAACAGCCGACUUGCCAUGCCUGUCGUAGAAGGGAUACAGCACAGCCAGUGCGCCACCUGCAAUUUGGUGUUUACCAUGCCAGAGCUGCUGAAAAUCCACCAGCACACACAUGAAGGGGCACAGGUGCAGGAGGGUAAUGAUGCCUUGGUGAAAAUGAAGCUGAAGGAGAAGGCAUGUCCGCAGUGCUUCAAGUUUUUUGAGGCAGCAGAGGAGCUGUUAGCACACAUAGGAGGACAUGGAUUCUUCCUUCCUCUUCAAGCCAAGCCUCAUAAGUGUGACUUCUGCUAUAAGUCAUUCUUGCGUCGUGAGCGGCUGGAGGCGCACAUGGCUGUCCAUGGCAAUGAGACGGAGAAGCCCUUCCGAUGCAGCCUCUGCCUCAGACGCUUCUGUAGCAAUACAGCCCUUAACACACACAUCAAGUUUCAUAUUGAGGGCAGUAAAGGCUAUGACUGCCCGAUUUGCAGGGAGGGAUUCUUCUCCGUAGCCGGGCUGAAGUCCCAUGUAUCCUCACACUGUGUCAAUGGGGAAUACGCUUGCCCAACUUGUAAAAAGGUUUUCCCCACGUACAGUAAGAUUCGCCGGCACAUUCGUUCAUACCACGCCAUCAUGCCUCACACAUGUUCCAUAUGCAGUAAGGAGAUGCCAUCUGUGGACAAACUCAAGAUUCAUAUGCUUAGUCAUUCAGAGCGCCGUGACUUCCUAUGUCCAGACUGUGGCAAGAGGUUCAAGCGGAAGGACAAGCUCCGUGAACACUCUAAGCGCAUGCACUCUAAUGACCGUGAGGCAAAAACUUCUAAAGCAGUCGCCAAAGGACCCCCCAAGUUUGUCCCAAAGGUUGAUCCUGCUGAUUACAAACAGUUUUUGUACAAGUGCCACACCUGCCUCUUGGGGUUUAAGCGGCGUGGCAUGCUUGUUAACCACCUGGCCAAGCGUCACCCAAACAUUGACCCGUCAACAGUACCUGAGCUAAACCAACCCAUCCUCAAGGCAAAGAGAUGUUACAGCUGCCAGCAUUGUGAUAAGAUGUACCGCAGCAGUAGUAAGAGGAAAUUACACAUCCUAAAGUAUCACCCUGGAGCAGAGCUUCCCCCGCCUUCCACCAAUCACAAUGAGAAUGAGAAUGGUGAGGUUCCUGCAUAUUCCAAGACAUACCCACAUCCAUGCUUAUGGUGCUACCGCCAGUAUACAACCCGGGCCCGGCUCCUGCGGCACCAGCGGCACCACCACCCUGACCUCUGCAACCACAAGUCACAGAUGAAGGAGUACUCGGCUGAAGCACCUGAGGCGGCAGUGGAAGAAGAUGAGGCUCAGAUGGAGGCUCCAGCAGGCUUGUCAGGGGAACUAACCCUUGGAGGCCAGCUUGUCACUGAUGCCAGCAUCUUGAGGAACCAUCGGUUAGUAAGUUUGACCAGAGGAGAGUCUGAGGAAGCUGGUGUGGAGGUGAAGGAGGAUGACCUUCUGACCCAGGCCAUGGGGGAGAUCACUCCCCUCAGUGGUGGGGAGCAAUAUGUGCGCAUAGUAGGCACGGGAGCAGAAGGGCAGCAAGUAGUUGUGGGAACAGCCCAGGGUGGACGACCUUUGCUGGUGAGUAGCGAUGGAGGUCAGCAGGGUGCUACCCUGGCUCUGGUCACCACAGAUGGCCCAGAGACAGUGACACUCUCUCUCCCUGCAGGGCAGUUUAUCUCUCUUAUACCUGGCUUGCCUGUUGCGGGCACUGCCUCAACAGUGACCUCAACCUCACGGACUGUGACUAGUGGCAGCAGUUCAGUCAACAUACACACUGUUGAGGGACAGGAUGGGGCAGGCACCAGUGGAGACCUUCAAGGGGAGGGUGUCCCAGCUGCCAUCAGGAUGGCCCAGGGUUUUGGGCAGGCAAUAAGUGGGAGUGAGGCUGAGGGUGUUGAACAGGUGGUGCUGGAGACCCACCCUCCCUCAUCUCCCUCAGCAUCUGUUGUGUGGCCUCAGGCUCUGACCUUUGCCAGCACCCCAAACUAACAACUAUGAUCUAUCAAGAUGAUGUUGCAAAAUAGCUGUAACACAGAUUGGUUGAGAGUUAUCAAUGCAUGAAAGGAUUUAAACAGCUUGAUCAGAGGUAUUCAACAGUAUCAUGCAAAUACCAGGGUAUUCUGCUGGUUAGCUGGGGUCAUUGACCUGGUUUUGGGUUGGGUUUUUGCAGUGCUUCUGAGAUCCAUUUAGACUUAAGGUAAUCCAUGGAGUAUGGGAUGUUUUAUACUAGCUGCAAAGGUAAAUAUGGUAAAAAUAUUAUUUAUUGACUUCUUAGAACUAUCUUUGAACAAAUUUCAAAUCUUCCACAAGGAGCAAUAUAUAUUCAUUUGUGAGACGUAUAUGAAAGACCAAUCUCUGUUACUGCUUUUAAUUAACUACACCUCUUUCUUGAUAUUAUGUAAUGUAUUUGAAUUUCCUUACUGAAAAGUAUUUGUGAUAUGUUGUCAUGUCCAUGCAAGUUACAAACUGCAUAUCAAGGUAAGCAUCAAAAGUGCAUCAAAAAUAAGAUGUUCUUGAAGAAUUGCCAGGCAUAUCAUCCAAGGCCUUAGGUGUAGUUGCUAAGGUGUUCAUGACAUUGUUGUUAUGUUUUAUAUGUAUGAUUUCCUUUUUUUUUUUUUUUUUUUUUUUUUUAUUAAAUGUUGCUGUGCCUCUGUUAAUGUGAGAGAGUAAGUUAUUGUUUUGGGGAGGAUCUCCUUUCGUGAUGAUAAUUUCUGUAACUAUAUGUAUAUACAACUCUGUAUAUAUACAGUAUGAGGUGGCCAUGCCCAAAUAGUACAUAUUGUACUAAUGAAACUUAUAUGAUUCAAAUUUUGUUUAGGACACCACCUUCCAUUUUGUAGCCAAAAGAAAAUGUAUCAUGUUGGAAGCAAAGUGAAUUUAAAAUGAUGUGACCUGAACUCCCCCAACCCCCUUUUCUUUUUUUUCAUAUUUAGCCCUGGUCACAAGUGUCAGUUCACCAAACAUUGUGUAUAAAGUGAAAUAUCAGUAUUGCCUUUUAAGAAGCUGCUGCAGGAAACCAUGUCAUGCAUCCUUUUACAUAAUCUUAUACUCUUGGUAAAUCAGGAAGUUUUUCUCAUAAGUGUAAUCAGCCAACAAUAAAAUGAAAUUACUUAUACAGUGAUAGCUCUUUGCUAAAUGGUUAAGAAAGUUAACACUUACUACCAUUGCUCUGCCUGGGGUUCUCAGGAUUGCCUUAUUAGGGUAUCAUUCCUAUUUCUUGCAUUUGAGGAAUUAGGCUUUUGAGGUUGUGAAGGGUGGAUAAAAAAUAACUUGUUUGUUUUUCGUUUUGCUUGUGUUCAUUUUUCUUAAAAACAUUCAGUACAUUGGUACAUUCAGUUGUCAUCAUAUUUGGAAGUAUUUUUAAGGAUAGAACUGACCUGAAUAUAAGUGUACUUUAUUUAUUUUAAUUGUGAAAUUUGCUUGUGUUACAGGCCAAUAUUAUUGAGAGUGUUUUAAAUGAUUGACGGACAACAUUCAGAUGUAGUUCAUCAUAUAUAUUAGAAUAUAAUUUACAAUAACUUAUUAUUUGACUUGUGAUCCAUAUGCAAGUGUCCUCAAAACAGGGGUAGAAUUUUAAAACUUCAAAGGAAAGGAAUGACAUUUGUAUCAAGUGUUUUGCAGUGGUUCACAUCAACAACAGUAAGCUUUUGCAUAGGUGGCACAAACAUUAAACUCAUAUUGUAUUUUGCUCAAAUUGCAGCACAAAGGGACUUGGUAGGUUGGGUAGGAACAUGAAGUUUCUGAAAUAAUGUGUUUCAAGCCACACACAAGGCCCUGGCCUCAUACAGCCAUUCUGGGUAAUUACACGGAAGGCAAUCACACAACUCGUCUGUAUGGUUAGUUAAUUCUGUGCCUUGGCUGGAAGAAAAAUAGCUCUUUUAAAAAUAAAGUUUGAACUUUUGUUGUCAAAUUGAUUAUAUUAUAUCUUGCACAAAGAAAUUCAGGCCUAAGGUAGGUGCUCUUUCUGGACUUUGGACAUGGAAUUGUCACCCUUUAUGUUUGCAUGUCAAACAUUGGCUUAAGGGUGUGAACAUUAAAAUCCAGUGUCAUCCUCAGACUUGCAUUAUCUUUUCCUCUUGGCAUCCCCUAUUUUCGUAUGUCCAUACUCUGUGGGUGCCAUGGGUACACUGAUCAGCCACUGUGUUCUUUUAAGUACAUUCCAUCUUGGUGCUCUAAACAUGAUUCCUCAUAGUGUUGGAAGUAGUUGUUGGGUGUCUGUAUUAUCCUGCCUUCUGCCUAUCAUCAGUUGUUUCGAGUAGAGUGCAUCACAAAAGACAGCAUUCCUCUUUUUAUGAUGAGAUGGUUAAGUUUUCAAUGUCCUGAACAGUAGUAUAAACAUAAGAUAAAAGCACUAGUCAGAAAGAGAGGUCAUUCAAGAUGUGCCCUGAUAUCUGAAGCAAUGAUUAAGACCCAGAAUAUGGACUUAUUACUAUCCUAUGUUGAAUGCUGCAGCAUCUUGCCUGAGGAGAAUCAGUUCUCUUGCAUUUUCAUGAGUUUAUUAUUAUUUGCAAAUUUUUAUUAUUAUUAUUAUUUUCUCUGUGUUACUUUUCUGAGUAUCUUCAAUCAUUUGCUUAUUCUGCAACAAAUGAAACCAUGAGAAAUGGAUUUUUAAUAACAAAUGCAAACAAACUGUACAGUUAUUAUUAUUUGUCUGAUGCUGUAUGUAUUUAUGUAUGUUUUUGUUUUUUUUAAGUAUAGUAGGAUAUUGUACUUUUAUGUGUCUUGCAAGAUGGAUUACAAGCUUUUGUUUAAUGAGAGUGGGCUUUAUAGAAUGUAGGAAUAAGGCAGUUGGCUCUGCUUAGGCUGAUGAAUUCUGUGAUGCUGUUGUGUAAUCCUGGAAUCAUUCUACUGGAGAUAAUCCCAGGGAUAUAAUGCUGAGGUUACAGGGUUGCUUGUCUAUUAGUAAAGUUUAUUGGGAAAUAUCUGACAAAUUAUUAAAGUAUAGUACAGUGUAAUUCUUAAUUUUAGUUAUUUAUGAACACAUUUUCACUUUUGGAGAUGGUAAGGCCUUAGAUGCUCAAAGUGGACCCAAGUCCAUGUAUGAAUAGAAGGAAUGGAGGAUUUGUGAUGAUAAACACAGGGUUGUUUAUGUUAUGUUUGAAUGUUUUAAGUUCAGGCAUGCAAGGAUAUGGUAAGUUAUUGCUUUGUAUAAGGUCUGUUCUCUAAUCCAUUUAAGAAUAUAUGAAAAGUUUUUGUAUGGGUAAGUGUAAUAAGAUAUAUUUAGCACAAAUAUAUGUGCAUAUGGAUGCACAGCUAAACAUGCAUUGAAAGAGAAACAUAAAGAUACACAACAUAUGAACUCAGAAAUGAGCGUACAUAUGCACACUCAAACACACGCUCAUUCAACAAGUUGUAAUUGAUACUAAUACAUUACACCAAAAGAGUAAGCAAUAAAGAUACAGACUUAAUUUCCCUCUCAGCAUGUGCAGAGAGAAUGUACACUCAUUACUACUUAUUAUUUUUAUUAUUGUUGUUGUUAUUAUUAUUAUUUUUUAUUAUUAUUAUUAUUAUUUUUUUUUUUUUAGAAUGUCUUAUAUAUUGUCUUGAGGUUGCUGACUUUUAAGCAUUUACCAAUCAGCAACUUCAAAAGUAGCUUCAGAGCCUGAGUUGUCCAAACCUAAAGUGCUCUUGAACUUUGCAGAUCUCAGAUUAUAUAUAUUACAGGAUAAGUCAGUUACUUGUCUCAGAGAAAGUUUAAUGCAUUUUUUUUUUUUUUUUCCAGCCUUUUCCUAGGUAGUAAUCUAUAACAAGAGGUUAGAAAAGUUUCAGUUAAUGUUGCAUUGUGAAAGAAAUAGACACAAUAGAGGAAAAUAAAUGAUUUGUCAUAAUGAAAGGGUUGGGUGAGACCAUAGUAGAAAUUUAUCAAAUGAAAUUUUGUUCAAGGAAAACUGCAAAGCUAAUUUUUUUUUUAGGAGUAACAUAAGCUUCAGGUCCUAACUUCAUAACUCAAAUGUGUUUUCCAUUGGCAGAGUAAUA